AUGGACGAUCGCACCAUCGACCUCAUCUUCUCAGGGUCACUGGAGAGCUUACCUCCAGUCAGCUCCAAGAUUGUGAGGAUAUUUACCAGCUCUACCUUCACAGAUACGACCAUGGAAAGAAACACCCUCAUGGCUCAAUGCUACCCCAAGUUAAAGGAUUACUGCCGCGAAAAACACGGUUUGGAAUUUCAAGUGGUUGAUAUGAGAUGGGGUGUGCGAGACGAAGCCACAGACGAUCACAUGACUACAGAACUUUGUAUGAGGGAGAUCAUGAACUGCCAAAGACUCUCCAUGGGUCCGAACUUUGUGGUGUUUCUAGGGCAGAAGUAUGGAUACAGGCCUAUUCCUACCUAUAUCCUCUCCUCGGAACUCCAAAUGUUGAGGGACGACCUAGCUGCUGGUGGGACGGAUGUUAUCCUCCUAGACACUUGGUACCGCAAAGACAGCAAUGCCGUGCCUCCCAUCUCUGUCCUCCAGCCUAUAUCGUCAAUACUCAUCAAUUUCAAUAACAAGAGAAUACCCAAGCUUCAACAGCAUGAUCAGGCAGUGUGGUGGGAUACAUUGGGUAAGAUGCAGAAACUGUUCCGGAAAGCUGCGUUAAGUUGCUUCAACCAGGGAAAACUGUCUAAGGACCUCAUGCACAACUACUUCAUGUCCGUAACCGAGAGAGAAGUGAUCAAUGGAAUUCUCGACGUGAAGAAUACAAAAAACCAUUGCCUGGCUUAUGUGAGGUGGAUCAACAAUAUUAAUCUUCAAAAUCUCAAAAAAGCCUCGUUGUUUCUUGACAUCUUAAACAGAAGUUUAGAUACAGAAGCUGCCAAGCUACUGGCCAACUUAAGGGAUGAGCGUUUAGUCCAGAAAAUUGAAGCCAGCAACUACCAAAGGUAUACAGUUGAAUGGAUUGGAAGAGAAGGUUUGGACCCGGAAACACAUGAGGAGUAUUUAAACCACUUUAUAACUCACUUUUACAAAAAUAUCACCAAACUGGUCGACAGAGCGAUGCGUAAAGAAGAUUCGAGCGCUCAAGGACAAAUAGUUACUGAGAUAUUGCAGCAUCUUCAUGCGUGCAAUAAUUCUGUUCAAGUUUUCUACGGAAGGGAGGAAGAAUUGGAAAAGAUCCAUCAAUACAUGAUUGGUGAUGUCAACCAACCGAUCGUGCUCUAUGGCGAAGGAGGGUGUGGUAAGACAUCCCUGCUGGCUAAGUCAGCUGGUAUGACAUCAUCGGAGUGGUUUGCCGGGGCUCGACCAAUCAGUAUCAUCCGUUUCCUCGGCACCACUCCCGACAGCAGCGCUCUCACACCUACGCUUAUCUCCAUAUGUCAACAGAUAUCGUACAACUACAUGCUGCCGUUUGAAGACAUACCUGAUGACUUGGUGCCAUUGACUGCUCAUUUCAAACAGCUGUUGACCAUUGCCACCAAAGAGCAGCCGCUGAUAGUGUUCCUGGACUCUGUAGAUCAGCUGACUGGAGCACAGGAUAAUAACAAGGUAUCCUGGAUUCCGACUCGGCUGCCUCCCAAUUGCAAGUUGCUAGUUUCUUGCGCUGCAGAAGCGGAUAACCCGGAAGUGUCCAAAGACUACCAUGUGUUAAGAAGAAUGAUUGAUGUUGAAGAACAGUUCAUAGAAGUCAAAGACCUUGGAGAAGAGCUUGCAAUGCAAGUUGUAAAGAUGUGGAUGAAGACAGCGUGCAGAGAUUUGACCAACUACCAGUGGCGCUUGGUGGCCAAUGCUAUAGGUCAGUGUUCUUUACCAAUCUUUGUCAAGCUGGUAUUUGCUGAGAUCUGUCGCUGGAGAAGUUAUACCAAGCCUCAAGACACGCUGUUGGCUUCUACAGUCAUGGACUCCAUCAUGAUGCUGUUUGAGAGGAUCGAGAAGCAGCAUGGAAGGAUCCUAGUGUUCCACGCCCUGGCUUAUAUAACAGCAGCCAAGAGCGGACUGUCCGAGAGUGAACUGGAGGAUUUGAUCUCGCUGGACGACCGAGUGUUGGACGACGUCUACCAGUAUCACUUACCUCCUGUCAGACGAAUCCCUCCACUGUUGUGGACUAGGAUACGCAACGAUCUGCCCAACUACUUGUCUGAGAGAGAGGCUGAUGGAGUCAGUGUGCUCAACUGGUAUCACAGACAGUUCAGAGACACGGCCAAAGAGAGAUAUUUCAAAAACAUGAACAUGGCUAUCUACUUCCACUCCUCAAUAGCUGACUAUUACCUGGGGAUUUGGGGCGGUGGUGUGCCUAAGCCAUUCAAAUACACUGAAAUCCAAAGACACAGGUUUAACCUCACUGACAAGGAGGGUUCGGCUGAUCGGAAAGUCCCAGUACAACCUCUUGUAUUUUACUCUAAAGAUGGAAAAGUGACCCGAUACAACCUGAGAAAGUUUGGUGAGCUUCCCUUCCAUCUAGUAAGAGCUCGAAGAUUUAAAGAUCUGUACGAGAACGUUUUGUUCAACUAUGAAUGGCUUCACGCGAAACUCUCCUCUUGCCCUCUCCAAGCAGUUCUGAGUGACUUUGAAGACGCUUGCACAAAUAUUGAUGACCGAGAGGCGACCAGGGAGCUAAUGCUGGUAGCGGAUGCGCUGAGGUUGGGAGGCGCCAUAUUGAGCGUGUUCCCGGACAUGUUGGCUCCGCAGCUGGUGGGCAGACUGUUACCGGAGAUAGGGACCAAUCCCAACGUCAAGAUGUUGCUGAGCCAAUGUGACAAGGUGGGCCCGGACCACUGCGCCUUGCUGCCCUUCUACCAUUCUCUGCACACACCCGGCGGCCCUCUCAAGUACUCUCUGGAAGGCCAUCAGUUUGCGGUGUUUGACUUCUGUCUGACGGGAGACUUUCGCUACAUCGUCUCUAUAUCCAACAAGUUCAUCACGUGGGAUCUCUCCACCAGUGAUCUGACCAGAGAUGUCAAUCCAGGACUGGAGGGGAUCAUGCAGCAAUUGUGCCUCAGUCCGGACAACAGAUUUGCUGCUGCCUACACCAACAACAACCAGACAGUUCUCCUGAACAUGCUGACGAGUGAGUACGUGAUUCUGGAGAACCCUCUUCCUGCUGAGGAGAAUGUUGCUGGAGUUUAUCUUCUAAAUCAACACCUCUUCAUUCAUGGAUCUGCCAAUUGGUGUCGUUUUAACAUGAGAGGCGUGCUCGAGUCAAGAUUCACAACUCCAGUGAAUGCAGGACAAUGGCCGUUGUUCUCUGUAGAAUUCACAGAUCUAGAAGAUUUCCGUUUCCUCUUCUGGAGCGGAUCGUUGGAUGACCCUUCAAUGCUACUUCACACCACCAGGGGAAAACUGGAACUCGAUCCAUUUUACUUUCACAGUGCAAUGGUAAUGACCAGAGACAAGCAGACGAUGUUUUGCUGCACAGACAAUGGGAGGUACACAGUGUCAGAAUACACAGCUCCUAUUGGAGCUACUUGCUGGACCAAGAUACGAACUCUACCUUCUGCAUACAAUGAAGAGGUGGAAGCUUUGCUUCAGUUGAAGUUAGACAAGUCAGAGACAGUGUUGUUGGGAACGACAGCUAACGGGUUCAUAGUGUGGCUGCUGGGUGGCGAGCGCAAGAGGAUUGACAGUGUUUGCAUCAACGACUGGGACAUAGGCAAGGGUGAGAGGUCAGAGUGUAGAGAGGCCAUAGUACUGCAGCUGCCCCAUGGUAUACGUAACAUCUCUACACGCAUGUUGAGGUCCAACUCCAUCAUGCUCAGUGCCAACAGAGACUUUGCUGUGGCUGGAGUCAGGAAAAAUAUUUAUGUGUGGAAGUUAGAAGAUGGGGAUUUGUUGAAAACCUUGGACGCUCACUUUGGACGGAUUAUUUCUCUAGAAGCUCUUACUAUUGGAAACUGGAACUCUGUGAUAACCUCUUCAAUUGAUAGAACAGUAAAGGUUUGGAAUAUAAACAACAUUUUCGAACAAGAACAUGUCAUUGAUAGACAUGAACUGCAAGUUGAAUCCAUAUGUAUCUCACAACAAACCGGGAUCGCAGUGACGGUAACCAGAGGCUGUGUCGGAGUGUGGGAUUUACAGAUUGGCAGACUGAUGGCUCAGCUUGCCGACAGUCCGCUGGGAGCCAUAGUCACACAUGCUCUCAUCACACCUGAUGGCAAAUUCAUAAUCUCGUCAGAGAGUGGGAACAUACUGAUAUGGAACAGGAUAACAGGACAGGUGAUUUUCAAAGAGGAUCAGCCAGGUGUGAGGCAACUCAUGUUUCUAGAGGAAGGAACAAAGUUCCUGGCAAUCUCCAAACCACCGGUGCCUGUCGGACAGGAGGCUCCAACAAAGAGUGUCGGGUGCGGAAUCACCAGGAAUAUACCAAGUGGUACUCAGAUAUAUUCCUUUGACUACCCACUCAGAAACAUCACAGGUGUGUCUUUCAAACAAGCUGUGAUAACUUGCGACGGACAAAACAUCGUGGCUUUGGCAGCAGACAAGGGCUCCAGAGAGACUGUUGUGGUGUUUAAUGCCAAAACUGGGGCUCCGGGGCCCAAAAUACCUCUCAAGGCUGCUGGUGUCAAGGACGUGUCAUUUAUGGUGGCAAUGCCAAACAAAGCCAACCUUGUUGCCUUGGUCGAUGCAGAAAAAGCGACAAUAUUGGAUAUAAAAGGCAAGAGAGCUGUCAGGACAGUUCCUAAAUGGGGCGGGUGCUGCACUAAAGACGGCAAGUUCGGACUUUAUGCCCCGUCUAGAGGCGGACUUGAAUUAAUCGAACUGAAGAAGGGGAAUACUGUGAAGACCUUCAUACCUAAAGUAGCUGAAGGAGUCUUUACGGUUAUAUGUAUGUUCAAUAAGACUGAUGAGUAUGUUUUGUACUAUCACAGUGGCAAGAAAACAUUAAGAGUUUUCAGAACGUCGGACGCAAAGAUGAUAGCCAAUUUCCGAGUGCAGGCUGAACUGAGUGCCGUGGAGAGUACGGAGGAUGGUCGAGCCAUCGUGCUGGGGACGGUGGAUGGGUGUGUGAGUGCUUUGGCCAUAGCAGACCCGGAUAAACCAGAAAUGAAAGAGUUCCUGGCGGGUUUGCCUUCUAGAGAUGAAGAGUGGAAGAAGAAACUUGACAGGCAAAAAGCGUCAAAGCGAUUCAGAGCUGCGGGUUCCAUUGCUAAACUUUGCAUCCAGAUGUAUGAAAAUGUUACAAACGCUAAUGAAACUGAAGAAACAAAGAAUACUGAAGCUGUAGAGGGUGUGGAUGAAGAAUCUACUCCUGUUGAGGUCAAUUGAAACUGAGAGCUGUUUUCAUGGAUCAGACACUGGGAUCCAAGGUUUGGUUUACUUCUUUUAAUAUUAUACAUAUCUUGUAACCAGUCAUUAACCAGAUAGUAGAAAAUUCAGAAUCAUCUAUUACGACUCCUGCAAAAACCUCUAUGGUUUCAAUGAAAAUUAAUUUAAAAAAAAACUUUUAAAUGGAAAAACCUUACAAAUCAUAUAUGCAUGUGUAAAUUAAUUUACAGCACAACCCCGCUAAUCUGUAACCUACAGGAUUGGAACCAUGAUCGGAACAGU